AUGAAUAAUUAUUUUAGAGAAACAAUCAUACUAAAGAAGAAGAAUUGUUCUUCUGCAGAUACGGAAGAUAUUUUUCGAUAACCCAAUCCUAAGCAGACUCAGCCAACCUAAGUAACUGAAUAAAAUUAAUGGACUAUCCAAUAAUGUGAUUCAGAGAUUUUGUCAGACAUAGAAACUCCAGCCAAGUCUAGGAUGGCUGAUUCAAUCAUAAAGGAAUUUGAAUUAGAAAAUAGUGCAAAUGUAGGAUCAAAUAAUAAACAAUCGAGACCGACCAUUGAUGUCAUCAAUGAAGCUUUGUCAUCUAAGUACCGAUUGAGAGGGGAAAACGAGACGCUGCUAUUUAUUAUGAUAGGCACUUAUAUAAUAAAUAUUUGUCUUCACUUAGAACAUAUGUUGUCUCCUCGAUAACAUGAUUAUAAAAAAUAUAUUGGACUAUUAGUAGAUUUUUUGACGAGUCUUUAUUAUAUAUAUGAUAGUUAUUACAAGUAAAUAAAUAUCUUAAAUAAUUAAGAGUUAAGAAGAUGGAGAAUGAAUUUCAUAUAAAUAUAAUAUUGCAUUUGCUAAGUGGCCCAGUCUAAUUAUUUUUGAAUGUUGCAUAUUUCAUGUAAUUUCAUUAAUUUUGCUGGUUUUCGAUUAUAUUAAAAUCGUUAAAAUUAUUUGCAACCAAUUUUUAAAAGUAAAAUUUGUCCGAUAUUUAUAAUACUUUUGUCAAUAGUUUGCCAAUAAUAUUCACUUCAAUAGUAGUUUAUUUUGUAUUUACAUACUUAUGCACCAUACUUUAUUGUGAUGUGAAUAAGCAUUAUUUUAAGAACAUAGGAGUUAGUGCUUUCACUUUAUUAUAGAUACUUACAAUUGAUGGAUGGGGUGAUAUUACUAAAUAGUUACUGCCCAAGACUGGGAUUUCAGUAAUAGUGUUGAUAUUCUCCUUUAUAACUAUUUUGGCGAUGUUCUUUUGGUUUCUAAUUCAAGCAUUUCAGAUUGAUGUGAUGAUCUUAGACGAAUUAGUAAAAUAAGGCAAAGUCGAUAUAGAUGAAAAGUCAAUAUCCCAUAGAUCCCAGAAUUUAUUACCUUAAAGAUACUAUUCGAUUAUAUUUGGAAAGCAAUAAUCAAGAAUCGUACUCCUUGUGUGGAUAAUUCAAUUGUUGUAUGCAAAUAUGUAGAACAGACUCAAUAGCAUUAAUGAUUUCCAUUACAUUUGCUUUCACAUCUUUGUAUCUCUCAUUUAUACGUUGCAUUGGACUGCAGUAAUAGUGUUGAAGGACAUUGAAGCCCAAAACUCAUAUUACUCAAACAUUUAGCUUACCUUUCAUGUUCUUUCAGGACCAGUGGCUUUUUCCUAUUCCCUGUUUGAAUUGAUCACUACUCAAUAAAUCAAGUACAGUCCAAUCCUGAUCAUGUUUAAAAUCCUAACAAACCCAAGCAUUAGAGAUAUUAGUUACAUUGCCAUUCGAGUUCUAUCCUCUUCACUCUCCCCAUAUAUACUUAUGCUUAUACUGACAUUGAUUGUGAUGGGAAUUAUUAAGUCUUUCUAUCAUUCAUUUGAAUCAAUUGAUAUAUUAGACACUUUGCUUAUUUAUUUGUAAACUCUCACUUUAGAUGAUUGGGAUGGUAGUUUGUCUAAAGGAUUCGUAUAGAAGGGCCAUUAUUUUGCUGCUGUCAUUAUUAUGUUCUAUAUUUUAGUGUGUUAAUUUCUACUCAUUCCAGCAUUUAUGGCUUAGGCUUGUGAAAUAUUUUAGGUACGAAUUACAUUCCACUUUAAUAGUAAAUUCUAGGAAUUUCAUUUAAACCAAGGUUAAAUCAGGAUGGCGACUUGAAUUUAUAUCAAUAUACUGAUACAAAUGUAGAAACCAUAGUUAAGCGUUAAUCCCCCAGAGUUUUCAGAAUCAAUCAAUCACGAAACCUUAUAUAUCUUCUACUUAAAUAUUAGAAAGCCCUUUUUUCAUAUGAAAACAAAGUUCAUCGCAAAUUAUUGAUAUCUCUCUAUGGUUAUCUCACAAAUAUUGGCAAUUUGCAUUUCCCUAAAUUCACUCAAUUAAGUUAAUCAGAAAAAGGCUUGCUCAAAGCAAAUAGACCAUCAAAACUUGUCAUCGAAUUUAAAAACUAAUCAAUUGAAGUCGAUUCAAAUCAGAUUUAAUUUGUGUAUUUGCCUUGAACUCAUUUUAUAUUUAUUUUUAUAUUAUGAAUAAUUAUACAAUUAUUAGUCCAAAUAGAGGAUUUCAACUCAAAACACUAUCACAAAUUCAAAGUUUUGAUCAACAAAAAACUAGACAAAUAAUACUAAAGGAAUUUUUAUAAGGAAGAUUGUUAUCUCAAAAUGUUUCCAAUUUAAUAUUGCAACAAACACCCAAUUAAUUGCAUUCAGAAAUAGUGUUGUUAUGGUAUCUUAGAAAGGAAAUCUCAUAAGUUGAAGCUCAACAAUUUAUAAGCAGAAGCGAUCCUAACUUAUUUCCUUUCUAACUCAUGUCAUUUUUAGUAAAUCCCUAAAUUAAAUUUCCUCUUCUUAAUCUAAUCUUUAAUGCAUAAAAUAGUUAAUUCCUAAAAUCAUCUCUAGAUAUCGUAUUGAUGAAUUAUUAGACUAAAAAGGAAGUGUUGUCGGUUUCACUAAGUUUUGAUGAAUAAAUUUAAUAACAUGAGCUUGAUUUGAUAUUACAACACUAUCCUAAAUUGAGCCUCUUGGUAUCUUAUCACUUAAGGAUCAAUCCAAAAUUUGAAGAUUUGAGCAGCUUAGACACAAAUUUAAUAGCAUUUACCAUUAAAAGAUCGUAAACAAUCAAUAAAGGCAUCGAAGCUCUACUAAAUUGUCUAUUGGAAUGUGAUGACAAGAAAAGCAUAGUAGAUAUAUUAAUCUAAUUGAACUUUUAAAAUGACACCGUUCUAAACUUAGGAAUCUUAAAAUCUCCUGAAGAAGUUUAAUUCAAAGAAGAAUAUAUAUUUUUUGAGAAAUGGACAUAAACCAAAAGUUUUAAUGAAAAAAUAUGGGGCAGGUUCACUUCUUUAGUCAAUCAAAAAAUGAUCAAACUCGAUAAUCAAGAAUUCACUGUCAAUAAUCUGAACUUUGCUCAGCCACUUCUCAUUAAAGCUCUAUUCUCUUUAGUAAAAAGACACACAAGCAAUUUCAUUAUUGAGAAUGCUAUCAACAAGGAAAUCAAGAUGAAAUAAAAUCUAUUUCUAGACUAUCCUGAAUUCUUUAAAGUGUUUUUUAUAGAUUACUCUUCAUUGCUAGAUCCAAAUUAUAAUAUGUAAAUAAAUUAAUUGAAUUUUAGGUUAAUUUUAGAAUCUUUAAAUGUCAUUCUUACCCAUAUUGAGAGAACUACAAAAUAACCAAUUAUUUAACAUUUAGUAUUUUAUUAAUAUAAUCAAUAGAAAUUGCUUCUGUGUUAAUUUUUAGUACAAUGCAUAUCGAAAAUGUUGGAUCCUUAAAAGAUAGAGAUUAGCAUAUAUUAAUUUAUUCAAUAAUUGCUUGCUAAAGAUAAGAAUUUGAAUUUUCAAUUUGCUGCAACCCUUAAAUUAGAGUAAAUUGAAAAAGCAGUAAGACACAUUGAUUGCCUAUUUCUAUUGCUAUCAGAUUUAGAUCUGCUAUCACAGAAAUUGCAUGACAAAGAGCGCUUUUACUUAUUUUGUAAAUGCCUUUAACAAAAACAUAAGAGUGAUCUCUUAGAAAAACCUUUAGAAAGUUAUUAAAAUGAAAGGUAGCAGAAGCACAAAUAUAAUACAAAUUUAAUAAUGAAAAAGAAGGAGGAGAGAGUGAUUGCACAGUUAUUUUGA